AUGACAAUGAAAGGAAUAUCUAAUCUUUUUUACAUUUUGGUUUUGCAGAAAACUUGGUGUGUGGCUAAACCUUCAUCAGAUGAAAAAACACUAAAAGAAAACAUAAACUACGCAUGUUCUCAAGUGGAUUGUAGGAUUCUGCAAAAGGGGUGCACUUGUUCGUUACCAGAUAACCUCAUGAACCAUGCUUCUAUUGCCAUGAAUCUUUAUUACCAAGCUAAAGGAAGGAACCAUUGGAAUUGCCACUUUGGUAAUUCUGCGCUCGUUGUUUGCACCGACCCAAGUUAUGGCAGCUGUAUCUAUGAGUGAAGACACGAUUAGCAUAAGCAGCUAAAUAAAGAGGCCAUUCUUUUUGUCUUUUCUCUUUCACUUCUUAUUUAAGAAUAUUAACGUGUAUAAUAUGUUGCUCUAGUGAGAGACAUAGAAGCUCAUAUGGCAAUUAGUUCUCAAUAUAUGGUCUAGUACAAUAACUAAGUCUUAUAUCAGUGGUGCAAAAUAUCUCUUAUAGAUAUGGUC